CUUCGAUCAGCCUGCGUCGACGACUUGUCAGGUCUCCUUUCUAUCUUUCACGCCUUUUGUACGAUGAGUCUUACGUCGGAAGACUAAUCUAAUGCCUCGCGACCAUAUUCUAUGAGCCUCCGCAUCCACCCGUUUGUCGUAUGUCUGGGCGAAAUCCUGGCAUGCCUUCACGAAUAUUACGGAUGCGCAUACGCCUCUUGUUUCUGCGUGUCGAAAUGGUUUUAGCAUGGCCUUUACAAACCCUUUUCUAAUCGGCAGGUGCCCCAUAUUCCAUGGUCGCGAGGAGAAUAGCGCUCUCGUGUUCGUGCCAUGCCUUACUCAACUGCAUAGCGAGCCAACUCUUACAGUACCUCUGCAUGCAGCAAGUCUUGGUCUAGCGCCAGAAGAGCAUUCUUGCUCACUCGGUAAACUACAGAAGACGGCAAUUCAGGUCGUUUGUUCCCCACGCAGGCUUUCGUGGGGACAUUUAAAUGCUUCCUGCAAACCCUUUCGUCUCCUUCACAACGCGGCCCGCGCUGCAUCUCCCUGUUAAGCAGCUAGUACAUUUGCCGCUCUUUCCAGACAUGUCUACCCGUCACCUUUGCUCCAUUGUCGAACACUUUUCUCCAACGGUUGAUCGUCGACGCGUUUCGUGCUUGGAGCCUCAAUAGUGGCUUACACUCCUUUUCGCACAUCGUCGAUAUCGUGAUCUUGUCACAUCAGACUUCAAGCAUAUAUUUCUGCCAUCCGCUUCUCCAAAUCGCACUAGGAUCUCCUUCAACGUUUAGAGAUAAAGGAGAUGAAAUUUGCGACGACAGACGCAGGAACUGACAAAAUUUCAUUGGUCUGGAGCGAUUCUCCGUGCAGUCAGCUCCUGGCAUAGCGAUAGAUAGUGGAAAGACUUCUUCCAUCGUCAUAUGGAGAGAAUUGUUGUGGAAAGACAGAAUAUGUCCGCUGCUGCUAUUUUCGGGUUUUCAAACUGACCAUGCAGCACUCAGCUUCAUAUCAAGCAGCACUUGCGCAGCAAUAGGCCCUGUUCUGACGGAGCAUUGCGCUACCAGCCCGCAUGACGCAAUCCACAUGUGUGAACACGGAAUAUGACGCUGCGCUCGUUCUGCUCGUCUUUGGGGACCAAGAACUUGACCACAUCCAACGAGCGGAAAAGGCACGUCGUCCGACACAGCAGCCACGCCUCCAAGCACACGUCGCACCGUUUUUAUUAUUCAGAGGCACUUUGCCCUGAGAGAUGUUAGUAUGUUGUCAUGGAAAAGGGCAUCAAGAAUUCGACAGGACGGCGGAAUAAUAUUGUUUCAAAUAUAGUGCUACAUUUGUUUUUCUAGACUGGUAUUAGUCUAAGCAGUUGCUUCCUUCAUCCGUAUUCAAGGAUGCGCAUCUUUUCCAAGCUUUUGGCGAGUCCUGAACGGGAAAAUUCAUAAUUUCCGUCCGGAGAAUACAGCGACAUAUUUCAAACCGGGACGAAUUCGGUCUUCAGUAUUAU